AUGGCCUAUCCAGCACAGAACACCUCAUCUACCCCUCAAAGACCUCCACCCAACACUCAGUCCCCUCAGUCAGCCCAAUCAGAUCCCUAUGGCGAUAUGCGACAACUUCAAGCUCGAUAUGCAAGCUUGAAUCUUGAUAACACCCCAGCUAGCACCCCAAGCCCACCAAAACAAAAGGUGCAAAAACCUCGAUCUACACCAAAGAAGGGACCACGCGAUAUGUAUGAGGCGAUUGAUUUGUCAAAGAUACAACUUGUGCUUUUGAAAUCCUGUUGGACCUUGACGAUGGUACUAAUGGGACGAGCCACCGCAAAGUUGCCAUUUCCUCCACCUCCUGAUCAGUUCUACAAUCGCUCAAUACAGCAAUUCAUCUCUUCCGAACAAGACCCUGAUGCCCCUGAUGCACCAAGCAUUCCACGACAUGAGGUACAUGGAGUCAACAACCACGCUGGUCAUUUGGACCAUGACUAUGUCGAGUACAUAGUAGGGGCUAUGCAAACUCACAACAUCAUCUUCUUCACUAUGGAUUGGGGUGCUCACAUUGAAGACCAAUUCAAUCAACUUAUGAUAAUGUUCUUUGUCAAGGUUUGGAAGUGGGGACUGAAUUUGAAUCGAUUCUUACCAGCUGCAAAACAGGAAGCCAUACGUAUCAAUAUGGACGACCGAAUUUUAGCAGCAAUCUAUGUCAGACAUUACAAGUACCUUAAAACUCAAUACAAGAAGCUAAUGACUAACGGCAAUGCGCUACUUGAGGAACAAGCGAGAAACUGGAUCGGUGUGGCUCUGCGACGCAAAACUGAAGAACGUCAAAAAUAUCUUAUGGCCAUGGGAGUCGUACCCUGCUACGUUGACGCUUUCAAAAACCGAUACGUCAACUCAGACGACAAAGUCAAACCCAAUCCAACCACCCCAGACUCUGAAAUCGGAUACAGCAAGGUACCAAUCUGGCAAUCUGAAAUAGCGACUCAAUUCAUCGACUUCGUAGAAAAGCGUCGAAGGGCCUCUCUUCCUCGUAUUGCUGGACUGAGGGGGAAAUCUGCACGCGGUAACAAACUUCGUCCACGUCAGCGCCGAGAUCCGCCAGUUAUCGAUCAUGAUGCCUUGGCACCACCGGGCUUGCCAGAGGAUUGGUACAGCCCUGCCUUCUUAGCCCAAUUAACGUUUGAAGACAUUCUCGAUUUGAAGAUGGCCCCACGAAUGUUCCCAGACUCCGGAAAUUUUCUCAGUAUCAUACCAACCACUUUAGAUGUCACCCUGUAUGACAAAUCGGGCGAAGCAUCUAUGCCUCCUCAUAUUUCAAAUAUUCCACUUUCUCAAAGAGGUCCACCGAUGAAUACUUUCCCUGGCUCCCCCGAGUUUCAAUUUAUAAAUCACCCUUUGUUCCUUUGA